GAAUUCCAUGUUAUUUCAUGAACCAUUUAAUCCAAUUAGUUGUGCUUAUGUAACCAAAAAAUUUGAAUUUUUGAAUCAAAUCCCAUUACCUAAACCUACUGAUCCAAUCACUUUUAAACAUCAUUUUUCACCUACUUUUAAUAAAAUUCCUGUCCCUCAUUACUAUAAUGAAGAUAAAACACAUACCUUAAGAGUUUUUGUAAAAGAUCAUGCAUCCAACUUUUUAGACGCAUUAGAAGAAAAUCCAGAAAGAAAUCCAUUACGAUCCAAGGAAAUCCUUUCAAAAUUUAAACAUACGUUUAUAAUUAGAAGUCCAGAAAAAUCCGUAAAGUCUUUUUACAGAGCUGCAAGUUCUAUAUUUAAAGCUUGGGAUAGAGCCUGCAUACCUAAUUCUGAAAGAUAUGAUAUUUUUUUCCCUGAAAAAAUCUGGCUAAAAAAAUCAAGGAUACUUUAUGAUUUAAUUAAGAAUGUAACUGGAGAGGAGAUUGUAUUAGUGAACGCUGAUGAUUUAGUCCAAGAACCAGAGAAAAUAUUGAGAAAAUAUUGUGAGAUGGUCAACGUAGAAUUUAAGAAAGAAAUACUUAAGUGGAAAGUAGGAAAGUUAAAAAUGUGGGAUUUAAAAUUGCCAGGCCCAGAUAUAGAUUAUUUGUGGCAUAAGAAUGCGAUGCAAAGUACAGCAUUUGACAAAGCAAUCAAUAAUGAUGAAGAAAUUGAAUAUCCUCAACAUGUUUACGACUUAAUUGCUAAAAGCAAACCUCAUUAUGAAUACCUACUUCAACAUAGAAUUAAAAUUUAG